AUGGAAGGGACCAUAAUCAUCACCGGUGCAUCGGGAUCCGUGGCGAUUGAAACUGUGCAGCAGAUUCUCUCAUCCUAUCCGCAAUUCACCUUGAUCGGCACCAUUCGAGACGCAAACAAAGCCUCGACGAAUCCCAAUACACUGCGCCUGCAAGGGAUUUCACAGCAGUAUCCUAUGGGAAGAUUUAUUUUGGAGAAUCUUGACCUGAGUUCAUUGAAAGAUGUACGAUCCUUCGCAGAAAGAAUCACUGGCCGAGUGACGGCAGGGGAUCUUCCUCCUAUCUCCGCCAUCAUUUGCAACGCAUUCACAUGGUCAUUGGAACAAGGGCAGCAAUUUUCAAUGGACAAAUAUGAGCAGACAUUUCAGGUCAACCAUCUUUCACAUUACUUGCUGGUGCUGAAGCUACUGCAGAAUGUGAACCGACAGAACGGUCGAAUCAUCAUGCUUGGUUCUGAAGUCCAUGAUCCAAAGCAUCAAAAUCCUCUAGCGGGCAUGGGUGCUGGUCUGCCGACCAAUGAUAACUUGGAAGAGUUAAUCAAGCCUGGCUCAGACCUACCGGGUAAGGAGCAUGACAUGGGCUGGCGACGAUAUGCUAAUAGCAAGCUGGCCAACGUCAUGUUCAUGCAUAGUUUGAAUCAACGGUUGGAGAAGAUCCCGUCAUUCGUUGGAAUAACAGCCGUCGCUAUGGAUCCAGGGGCCGUUGUCGAUUCCAGAGCACAUGCAAUCCACAGGCGUUUUGUCAAUAAGUUGAUAUUCCGUAUGAUGAGUUUCUUACACCCGGUGCUGUCUCUGUUCACAUAUCGUUUCCGAACAACCAAAGAAUCGGCCAGAGAUCUUGUGGCAUUAGCUGUCGAUCCAAAAUAUCAAUCGGCUCGAGGAUAUUUUGACGGACAAACGGCGAUAGCACCGGCAACUGUUGUUACGGAAACAGAACAGCCCGAAGCCCUUUGGUCAGCAUGCUGGAAUUGGGUCGAAAUGAAGGAUGGUGAGACUUGCCUGUCUAAAAACAUGUAA